AUGAUAUUAUUAUUACUGGUAUUUUUUCCAUUUAUUUGUUUUUCCAUCGAUUUUCGAUCAAAUAAUUAUCGCGCAAUUUUCAAUAAUUUGAAUAAUCAAAUUGCUCCAACAAUUGAUCCAGGAAUUUUGAAUCGACAAAUUGAGAACGAAAAUAAUCCAUAUUCUGAACUUUUUGGUGGAAACUUGAAUUCAGCUGAAAAUGCUUUUCCAAUUGUUGAAUUAUGGAAAACAACACAAACACAAACUACUGUAAGUAAUUGGAAAAAAGUUAUUGAUUAUUGAUUUUUACCCAGACAUUUUCCACAUUUCCACCAUAUAAACCACAAUCAACAACUACCUCAAAACCAACUUCAAAGAUCGAAACAACAACACCAAAUAUCCCAAAAACGACUCCAACAAUUUGGACAACUUCAAAAUCAACACCAUUAAAAUUAUCACGAAAUCCGAAAAUCUCAUCGAAAAAUAAUUCAACAUCUUCUCAAGCUCAGCUUUCAGUUUUGAGUCAUCGAUUAUUGAAUGAUAUUUUGAUAAUUCCAUCAUCUAGAAAAUUAUAUAUUUUGGCAAUUUUACCAAUUCAUCAAUCAUCAACAAAUCAUCAAAGUUUUGAAUGUGGAGAAAUUGAUGUUAAUUCAAUUAUUAGAUUAGCUGCUUUUUUGGAAUCGCUGAAAGAGGUAAAAAAACGAAGAUAGGAAUAGAGGGGGUUCCCCGUAGAUCCUACUUUGCCACGUCAUAACUUAUUUAGAGUAAUCCUUUUUUCCAGAUAAAUCAAUCAAAAAUGUUAAAAGAAAUUGGAGCAGAAAUUGGUGCAAUCGUAGUUGAUUCAUGUUCAACUGAUCUUCGUUCUGUCGCUGAUUUAUAUGAACUUUUAUCUGGUACAAAUAUCCAAAAAAGUGAUAUAAUAUCAAUAAUUCGAGAUGAUCAUUCAUUUAUGCCAAAUACUGAAGAAAUAAUGAAACAAUUACGAGUUCCAGUUAUAAAUACAUAUUUGAGUGCAAAUGAUUUGGUACAAACAACUGGUGUUUUACCAAAUAUUCAAUCACCAAUUCGAGCUAUUAUUGAAACAUUGAAAUAUUAUCAAAGUAAUUGUGUUAAUUUGAUUUUUGAUAAAAAGUUUGAGAGGUUGGUUGGAAUCGGAGAGAUUUUGAAUUAUUCAAAAAGAACUUUUUCAGAGCUGCAUAUGAUUUCCAAACAAUGUCACAAGAUUCUGGAAUUUGUGUCGAAACUUUUUUAGAAAUGAAAAACGAGACAAGUUUUGAGGCUGAAAAAAUAAUCCGACGACUUCUUCUUUCUGAAGCCCGAAUUGUUAUUUCAUUUUUAACCGAAGAUAAUUGGAUUGAAAUAACAAAAGCACUUCGAACUGAAAUGGUUAUAUCAGCAAGAUUUGUAUUUUUAUCAUUGGUCGAUCAAAGAUGGAGCACUUCAAGAAAAUUUAUUGAAAAUUGGCCGACUUUUGAGCAAAAUUUGAUCUCGAUUGGACCAAAAAACGAUGUUCAGGAAAAUGAGAAGGAGGAAUUGAUGAAAUUAACAAAGAGUAUCCCGAACUUAACACUUCCAAAUAUUUGGCUCAAACAAUUUUGGUCAUCAGCAUUUCAGUGUCAUUUAGAUUCAUUUGAUGAAACAACAUCGAAUCAUAAAUUUUCGAAAGAAUGCGAAAAAUCGCAAAAAUUAAAUAUAUCACAAAUUGCACCGUAUGUUGAUAUUAGUUCAAUUUCAAUUGCAACACAUUCUUUAUCAAUUGCUUUCCGUGGAUUUGUUGAUAAAAAUUGUCCGGGAGCUUUGGUUAUUUCAUUAAAUGAUUGUAUUAAUGAUCCAUUUGAUGCGUUUUAUCAAUCAAUUUUGGAUUCCAACUUUUUACAUCAUUUGAGUGCAAAUCGUGAGUUUAGGAAGGCUAGAAGAAAGGAGAUAGGAAAUGAAUUUUUAAAAAAAAAAUUCACGUCAGAUUUUAAUUUAUUUUUAAUUUCCGGUUUCAAUUCAUUUUUAAUUUUUUUUUUCGUGGAAUUCUUUUUUCAAAAACACGAUCUUUGGGAGAAAGUAACUUUUUCCUUGUUUUUGAACAUGCCACGUCAUGAAUAACGACUUAUCUUUUACUUAAUUUUUGCUUCCAGCUGUGAAAUUCAAUAGUACAACAAAAUAUCGAGAUGUUCCAUUGCAAAUCAGUCGAGUUCAAUUUGAAGAUGAUCGACUUCAACUUUCCGAGAUUGGUGUUUGGAACAGUGUGCAAGGUUUUUCUGAAAUCUCAACAAAUACCAAAAAUACAUCACGUGGCAGUUAUCUUCUAAUGUCUUCUUCUUGUCAAAAAUCAAAAUGUUCUCAAGAAAUGGCAAAACGAACUGUGAAACAAAAAAUUCCAUCGAUAUUCAAAGCACUAACCGACAUCGAAAUCCUGAUUUUCACAAUUUUCGCAGUUUUAUCCAGUCUGACAUGUUUGAUGUGUAUGUAUCUGAAGUUUAUAUCAAAUUGUGAUUAUCGACAUUGCACAGCUUUGUGUUUUUUGGGUUUGGCAUUAUUAUCAAUGAGUUCAACGGCUUUUAUUAUUCCACCAAACACAAUUUCAUGUCAAUUAAGACAAUUAUUAUUCCCGAUCUCGAUUUGUAUUACAAUUGCCCCAGUUUUUAUCAAAACUAUUUUACUAUGGAAAUUCGAAAAAACUGAAAUUUCAGCAACUUCAGCUAUUUUAUCAAGUAUUGCAUUCAUUGUCAUUCAAAUCGGUAUUUUCCCCCCAAAUAUUUGUUACAUAAAAAUCUAUAUAAAUUACAGUAAUAUCAACUGAAUGGGUUCUUCUUUCAACCUCUGAAUCUUCAACUGAAUUUGUUUCAACAAUUCAUGGAACAAUGUGGAGAUGUUCGAAUGGUGAUUCGGUUAGUCUCAUAAUUUUCUUCUGAAUUCACCAAAUUUCAUUUCAGUCUGAAUCAACAAUUCUAAUAUCCUGCGCAUUAUCUGCUUUCAUGUCCCUAAUAUCUGUCAUUUUUUCGUUAGCUUCAUUGAAAAAAAGUCAAAGUCUUCAACAUUUGAUAAUUUCAAUAAUUGCAAUUCUUUUCGAAACUUCAUUAUAUGUUUCAUUACCAUUAUUAAAGUACAAAACGAGAGAUCUUGUUAUGGCAACAAGUAAGUUUUUAGUUGGGAUUUCAUGCAAAAUUUUGAUAAUUUUCAGCUAUUUUAAUAUUUUCAUUUGUGACUCUUUUGGUUAGUCAUUUGAAUCGAGGAAAAUCGAACGAUGAAGUGGGAAGUAUUCAGGUUUGAGAAUAGAUUUCAAGUCUCAAUUUAUAAUUCACAUUCAGAAAAACGAAAACUGGUUACAACAUGUUCAACAUUAUCAUACAGCCUCAACAAAUCGACAAUCAACAAUUCAACUUGAUAAAAGGCAAACGCUUCAAAGAACUAAUAAAGAACCUUUAUAUGGAAGUGAAGCUUACGGUAUCUUUUUUCGAAACUCCUAGCUCCCUUUCAAAAAUAUAUUUUUUCAGAAUUACCACCUAACGCAACUUAUGGUUAG